AUGACUAGGAAAGUUUUCGUGGUCGGUGUUGGGAUGACGAACUUCGUCAAGCCGAAUUCGGGCAAGGACUACCCGGAGAUGGGCAAGGAAGCGGUGGAGGGGGCUUUGGGGGAUGCCGGGAUCCCUUAUGAGGUCGUCCAGCAGGCGACGUGCGGCUUCGUCACUGGCGACUCGUGCUGCGGUCAACGGGUAUUGUACCAGGUCGGCAUGACGGGAAUACCCAUUUACAAUGUGAACAACAACUGCUCCACCGGUUCCACUGCGCUGUUCCUAGCUAAGCAGCUCGUAGAGGGCGGUAUUUGCGACGUGGCGCUCGCCGUCGGCUUCGAGAAAAUGGCGCCAGGCCCGCUGGGCGGCGGCAACUACAAAGACAGGGCGAGUCCGCUGAGCAGGCACUUGGAGAAGAUGGCCGAAAUGGCCGAGAUCAACGGCAGCCCGCUGACGGCGCAGUACUUCGGCAACGCGGCCCUCGAGCACAUGAAGGUGCACGGAACCACCGUGACGCACCUAGCGAAGAUCGCGGCGAAAAACCACCAUCACGGGUCCCGUAACCCGAAGGCGCAGAGCGUUAAGGCUUACACCGUCGACGAAGUGUUAAGCUCCCGUCGGAUCUACGGCCCGCUGACAAAGCUUGCUUGCUGCCCGACGAGCGACGGGGCAGCCGCGGCGGUGCUCAUGUCCGGAGAAGCAGUCGCGAAGUACGGACUGCAGCGGAAGGCGGUGGAGAUCGUCGGCAUGGAAAUGGCGACCGACACGCCCUUUGUCUUCAGUGAGAAGAGCAUGCUGAAGGUGGUCGGUUACGACAUGACAGCGCUGGCCGCCGAACGCCUGUACCGCAAGACCGGUGUGUCUCCUACGGACGUGAACGUGGUGGAGCUGCACGACUGCUUCGCGAGCAACGAGAUGAUAACGUACGAGGCGUUGCAACUGUGCGGCGUGGGCGAGGCGGGGAGGUUCAUCGACUCCGGCGACAAUACGUACGGCGGCAGGGUGGUUGUGAACCCCAGCGGCGGUCUGAUAGCGAAGGGGCAUCCCCUAGGGGCGACGGGGCUGGCGCAGUGCGCCGAGCUCGUUUGGCAACUGCGAGGGGAGGCGGGAGAGCGGCAGGUGCCGCGCGCUAGUCUCGCUUUGCAACAUAACCUGGGCAUUGGAGGUGCCGUAGUGCUGACGCUAUAUCGAAAAGCCUUUACAAACCCCACUUUCAAUGAUAAUGUUGCCGCAAUCGAGCAAAACCGAGAAAACGUCCCUUCCAAAUUA